UAAAAACAAAUUUGACAUGUUAUUUGUUUACUAAUAACAUUAGUAUUGUUGAAUAUAAUUAUAGAAAAAUGUCAACUGAAGGUAAAUUAAAAGAAGAUGAAGAACCAGUUCAUCAUUUUAAAAGUCAAUUUGUUGGAUUGGAAAAUAAUCCAACAGAAAAAACAUGUUUAUUAUGUGAUUUAAAAUUUAUUUUACCAACAAAUGACAAACAAUUUCUCCAGCAUUUGUUUGAAAAACAUCGUCUAGUCAUUGGAGAUGUAGAAAAAAUAUCAAGUCUUCAAAGUUAUAUUCAUUACUGGAGAAUAAGAUUUAUGGAAGCACCAUUGACAUCAUUUUGCACAACAAUGGUCAUGAAUUGUACACCUGAUGGAGAGCCAAGUAAGAAUGAAUUGUAUUAUUUAUUGUCUGAUUGUAUAUUGGAAGACAAAACAUUACGAUAUGAGCUUCAUCAAACAAGACUGGAAUGGGCAAUUGCUCAACAAUCCAAAGAAAGAACAGACAAUAAAUUCAAACGAGGAUGUUUGUUUUGUCAUAUGGAAAUUUCAGGUACCAGAUCAGCUUACCUAAAUCAUUUAUCAGAAAAACACAAUGUUCAACUUGGCAAACCAGAAAAUCUUGUGUUUAUUGAUAAACUUUUGGAUAAAAUUGAAGAAAAAAUACGAAAAUUAAAAUGUAUUUAUUGUGAAAAAGACUUCAAGGAUAGAAAUGUACUUAAAGAACAUAUGAGAAAAAAAUUUCAUAAACGUAUUAAUCCAAAAGACAAAACUUAUGAUGAUUUUUAUAUUACAAAUUAUUUAGAACCAGGUAGUACAUGGCGACAAAGACAGAAUGACAAUGAUGAAACAGAAGAUUUAACUGAAUUUAAUAGUGAUAAUGAAGAUGAUGAUUCUUGGGCUGAUUGGGAUGAAAAAGAAAUUUGUGUUUCAUGUCUGCUUUGUUCAAAAACAACUGAUGAUUUCUCAAAGAUUUUAGAGCACAUGGUACAUCAGCACAAGUUUGAUUUUAUUGAAUCAACAAAAGAUUUUAAUUUCUAUGAAAAAAUUAAAAUUGUUAAUUAUAUUAGACGACAAAUUGAAGAAAAAAAAUGUAUUUAUUGUGAUGACGAGUGUGAAGAUGUUGUUGAUCAUAUGAUAGCUAAUAAUCAUCAAAAAAUUCCACAAACAAAAGCAUGGAAUCAACCAGAAUUUUUUUUUCCCAUUGAAGAAAGUGAUUCGUUUCUUUAUCAUUUAGAUACAUCAAGUGAUGAUGAGGAUGAUGAAAAAAAAACCAAUGACAAUGACAAUGACAACAUCAGUGCAGUAACUGAAGACAACGAUGAAGUUGCAAUUUUAUCAAGAGAAAUGGCUUAUGCUUGUUUAAAUUGAUUAAAAAAACAAACUAGUUUUUUUUUUUUAAAUUUCAUAUGAAGGAUGUAAUUUUUAAAUGAAUAAAAUUGAAAUUUAAAAAA